CCAGUUAAUCUUAAGUUCGAUGAUUAGAUAGAAGUUAUGUCGUACAGAAUUGUGCUAAUUCAUUCAAACCGUCUCGAACACAGUCAUACCAUAAUUUUCGAAGGUUGCAGUCGCGAAUUUCAACAUGGAACGAAAGAAAUUGUUGCCCGUGAUAUUGUUACUUCUGCUGAAUGUAAUCGGCAACGAAUCUUAUAGAAUACUCGGGAUAUUUCACACGCACUCGAAGUCUCAUUACAUUGCUGGAGGAGCAUUAAUGAAAGGGCUUGCCGAGAAAGGUCAUGAUGUAACAGUGAUUAGUCCAUUUCCUCAAAGUAAACCGCUAAAAAAUUUCAAUGAUGUUGCUGUAAUUGGAAUAGAGCAACUAAUAGAAGAAAAAUUUCCCAGUAAUAUGCUGACAAAUUCGGAUAAUAUGGGAAUGUUUGAGAAAAUCAAAUAUAUUUUAUCAUUUGGUCUAACUAUGACUAACUUCACAUUGAACCACGAGGUCUACCAGAAUUUUCUUCGUACAAACGACGUCCACUUCGAUGUGAUCGUAACGGAAGUAUUUAUGAAUGAGGCCUUCCUUGGCAUGGGCCAUUACUUCAACGCACCGGUAAUUGGUUUCUCCACAUUCGGUGCCAGCAAAUGGACGAACGAUAUGGUUGGAACCCCGACUCCAAUGUCAUAUGUUCCACAUUUGCAAAUUAAAUUUACUGACCGGAUGUCGUUCCCACAACGAGCAAUGAACGUGAUAGCUUAUGCAGUCGAACUUUUCUUUAUGAAUUGGUAUUAUAUGCCGGAACAGGAGAAGAUCUACAACGCAAUAUUUCCGGAUCCGAAACCGAAACUCGAAGAACUACAGAAGAAUGUGUCACUGGUGCUGCUAAACAAUCACUUCAGUUUAAGUUUUCCUCGGCCGUAUGUGCCGAAUAUGAUUGAAGUCGGUGGACUGCAAAUUAAUCGAACGCCGAAACCGCUUCCAUCAGAUUUGCAAAAACUUAUGGAUGAAUCCCUUCAUGGGGUCAUCUAUUUCUCGCUGGGAUCAAACAUUAAAUCGAAACACAUUCCCGCCGACCAACAGAUCGAAAUUUUAAAUGUUUUCCGGAAACUGAAGCAAACAGUGCUGUGGAAAUGGGACGGACAACUGGCAGAUAAAAAACCUAAUAAUGUGCAUGUGAGCGCUUGGUACCCUCAGGACGAUCUGUUAGCCCAUCCCAAUAUGAAAUUGUUUAUAACGCAUGGAGGUUUGUUGAGUCUUACGGAGACGAUUUACCAUGCGGUACCAGUAAUUGGAAUUCCAAUUUUUGCCGAUCAGCAUCUGAAUAUGGCUAGGGCUGAAAGUUCGGGAUACGGUAAAUCUAUUCUUUUAAAAGAACUAAAUGAGAAGACUCUCUCAACGGCUAUAACGGAGCUUCUUACCAACGACAAGUACGCAAAGAAAAUAAAAAUGAUGUCCGACCGCUACCGUGAUCAACCGUUGACACCUCUAGAAACUGCAAUUUACUGGACAGAAUACGUUGCUCGUCACAAGGGUGCACCUCAUAUCCGUUCAGCUGGUUUGGAUCUAUCAUUCUUCGCUUAUCACAGCCUGGACGUAUUCGCUGCAUUUUUCAUUGCUUUUUAUUUGGCAUGGCGAAUAAUAAAAGGCAUCGUUUGCAGAAUUGCGUGCAGGAAGUGGAGAAAAAAUCGUCAAGACGAUAAGAAAAAUAAUUAAUUUUCUUAAAAAUAAUUAAUUGUACAUCCACCUAGUGCCUGCGCCU